AUGUAUCGCGAGAACCGCCCCGGCAACCUCUCUCUGCCCCCCAUGUGGAACUCCCCCAGCGACGAAGCAGUCCCUCUACCAAAACACCCCCAGCACGACAACGACACACGAGGUCGCCAAGCGAGCACCUGUUCUGAGCGUAGCUGCGAGGCCAUGACUUCUGAAGAGACCAGGGAGUUGUGGAGGUGUAUGCUCGAGUUGCAGCUUCGAUACGGCUGCUACAACUCCACAAGGAUAAAUAUGGCUGUUGAUGCCGGUGAAUGCGGUGUUGAUUUGAUGCCGAAUAAAUUUAUCAUCGACACACUCAAUGACAGCGUCGUUGAUCUCCCCGAUGAGGGUCGCGAGCUACUCAACCGAUAUCUAUGUCCGUCGUCGCCGAGUAAGCAAAAGUGGAAGUUCUGGAAGAAGGACUAG